GGUACGUGGUAUCCUUGGAGUUGAUUGAGAAAAGCAACAAAAAAUUCGUCUGUAGUGGUUCGCUCAUCGCGUCUCAAUUCAUAAUGACUGCAGCUCACUGUGUGAGGGAAUCGCACGGUGACUACUGGGCAAUCGCCGGUGUGCUGAACCGAAACAUACAGGAACCAACGCAGCAGAAACGACGAGUGGUCGAGCAAAUUCCACAUAAAAAUUAUUUUGUAAGAAACAAUAUCCCUCGCAACGACGUGGCAGUGUUCAUUGUGUACUCUCCUUUUAUUAUGAAUGACUACAUUCAGCCAAUAAACAUGGAGAUCACGCCUACAGGUAACCUCUUUGUCUUCGUCACCGGGUGGGGGACACUUAAAGAACAUACUCCACCUGGAGACGUUUUGCGUUAUGCAACGACAAAAAUCAUGCCUCGUGAUGAAUGUCUGAAACAUAUACCCGAACUCCACGCCCGCUCUAUGUGUGCCACUCCAACACAUGCAGAAAGUCAUGGCUGUUUGGGUGAUCACGGCAGCGGUGCUAUGAUUGGCGAUUCCGUAAUAGGAGUAGUCUCUUGGCUUCACGUGACUGACACAGGUGAUGUGUUAGUGUUGAUGAAUGUAACCAGCUAUAAGGGCUUCUUUUCAACAUACGUUACCUGACUUUUAUUGUAUACCAUCAGUCAUAGCUUUUAUUAAAGAAUUAUUGCUUCCUAUAGUUCUAUACAUCGUGUAUCAAGA